AUGCUGGCCCGUAACUCCAUUUUGUUGUUGUCGUCCACCCUGCUUUUCGCCGGUGUUGCCCUCUCCAGUGACAGCGAGGUGACACAGCUCACGUACCAGGCCGUGCGAAAGGUCGUCGCCAACUUUGAUGCCGUUCUAGUUAAGUUUGAUGAGAGCUAUCCCUCCAAGUCUGAACUGGACAAGCAGUACAAGCAGUUUGCCACUGACCUUCGUUUCACGCCCAGCGUUCUCGUGGCCGAGGUGAAGGUGCCCUAUCGCGGCGAUACUGAAAAGGACGAGGAUGUCUCUGAGGAGCGCCGUUUCGCUGAGAAGCUGAACGCCGCCAAGACUGAGUCGCUGCCGGUAGUGGUGCUCUUCAAGCGCGGUCAACUCGACUCGCCGAUUACCUUUGAGCGCAAGGCCGAGGAUGGCUCCGACUUUACGGCAAAGGCUCUGCGCGACUUUGUACGCACCAGCGUGCCCAGCGUUCGAAUUACCCUCGAAUCGUGCAUUGAGUUGCUGGACGAGCUGGCCGCACAGUUCACCGCCGAGAAG